AUGUUUGGAUAUUUUAUCCUCCUCUGUUUCCUCUUCUUUCACUUGCCUCUCUGUCACAGCCUCGUGCAAAAAGCACAGUUUGAAGAAGAUGACAUACGAUGCCUCGACCAGACUAAAGCAGAAUUGAAUGAAACAAAUCAGUCUCUUUCAUGGUGGUUUGGGAACACCAGCCAAGGCUUUAUCUGCAACUUUAAGGGGAUUCUGUGCUGGCAUAACGACGACGGCAAAGUGCUGAGCGUUAAGCUCCCUGGAAUGGAGCUUCCGGGACAUUUUCCCAGCGGCUUGAAGUACUGUGGGAGGAUGACCAACUUGAAUCUCUCUAGCAAUAGUCUUACAGGCCCAAUCCCAAGGGAUCUCUGCAAAUGGCUUCCCUUUCUUGUGCAAAUUGAUCUUUCCUCAAACCAGUUUACUGGGUCGAUUCCCCUCGAGCUCAAUAAUUGUACUUACUUGAAUAUCCUUCGCUUGAAUGACAACCAGCUUAGCGGCUCGAUACCAUGGGAAUUGACGCGGCUGCAGCGGCUCAAGAACUUCAAUUUUUCAAAUAAUAUGCUUACAGGGCCAGUACCUUCUAAGUGGGUCUCUAAAAGCAGCGACCUUUUUCUGGGUAACCCUGGAUUAUGUGGAAAACCUUUAAACAGGGAAUGUGAAGGAUUGGCAAAAUCAGUGAAUCCGAUGAUUGUUGCUGCGUUUGUGCUUUACGGUAUUGUGAUUAUUACCUGGAGCAUUAUAGGCAUUCGCUGUUUGAUUUCAAGAGAAGCAUCUCGAGGAUCACCACUGCCGCAUUUUAGGCAGCCCGCUGAUCAUCUGAAAGCUCGGAGGUCCAAAUAUGUUUGUUUGUUCGAGAAGCCAAUACGAAAAAUGAGUUUGGCUGAGCUUGUGGAAGCCACCUGCACCUUCAGCGAAGACAACAUCAUAUGGAAUGACAGCACAGGAGUGUUUUACAAGGCUGAGUUGCCCGACGGCUCUCUGCUGGCGGUAAAGAGACUCAAGAGAUGCGAACAGAGUGAAAACGAGUUCAAGAGGGAGAUGAAGACAUUGGCGCAUCUGAGGCAUCGCAAUCUGCUCCCGCUUUUGGGUUAUUGCAUUGCCGACAACCAAGAGGGGCUGCUCGUCUACAAAUACAUGGCCAGAGGAACCCUACGCAAUUUGGGUCGGAAUUUCCAGAGGACUGGCAUUGCCGAAGACCAGAAUGAGUUGGACUGGUCCACCAAACUUAGGAUUUGUGUCGGAAUUUCCAGAGGACUGGCAUGGCUUCAUCACAUCUGCAAUCCUCAUGUCAUCCACCACAAUAUAAGUUCAGGAGUUAUUUAUUUGGAUGAAGAUUAUAAGCCUCGCAUUAGUGGGUUCGGAUUAGCGCGAGUCACGAGCGACGAGGGGGUAAUUUGUAUAAACAUUGCUUCCGAGCAGAAUGUCCGAAACGAAUUCGAAUACUGUGCGCCGGAACAGGGCAGGAAUAUUCCGUCUCUGGCAACAUUGAAGGGGGACGUGUACAGCUUUGGAGUGAUUGUGGUUGAAGUCAUAACGGGAUUAAAGCCUGACGAUGUGCUCAUGGACAAGGAAAGUGGAAAGGAAUUAACGUUGAUCGACUGGAUCCGUGACAGCAGCACGCAUGCAGAACGGGCAGUAGAGAAAUAUGUGGAAGAGUGUUGUUUAUUGUCAGAGGAAGAGAAAUCAAUGGUGGAGGAGUUGAUGGAGAUGGGUUUUAGGUGUGUAAGAUAUAAGCCAGAAGAAAGGCCUUCAAUGUAUCAAACGUACCAGUCUUUGAGUAACAUUAGCAACAAGUAUGGAGCUACAGAUAACGAGGAGGAAAUACCCUUGAUUGGACAGCUAAGUUGA